AUGAGUACGAAAAUUUUUUUAUCGCAUGUCAAGUCUGACGAGCUGUCAGCUGCGGCUGCUGCAAGAGCGGCCAGUGCCAGCCCACCUUCGAAACAUAAUCACAUGACCAUCAGUGACGAUGACCUUGUCUCACUUUCAGUGAAGGAGCUGAAUCGGCUGUUGAAGGGUUUAACACGGGAUGAGGUGAGCAAGCUCAAACAACGAAGGCGUACUUUGAAAAACCGAGGGUACGCAGCUAACUGUAGAGAGAAGCGCAUUUCACAGAAAGAAGAACUUGAAACAGAGAAAGAUCUUCUGCGUGCUGAGGUAAAUAGACUUCAAAGAGAAAACGAUAUUGUGAAAAUGGAGCUGAAUUCUCUAAGAAGUAAAUGUGAAGCCUUAGAACAAUUUGCUUACCAGAAUGAUAUUCGAGUGCUCACACAGCCGCUUGUUAUGUCCUCCAUGCGUAGUUCGAUUGUUAUGAAAACGGAUCCAUCGCUUCCUACUUCGGUUAAAACAGAACCAAUGUUGCCUACAUCGACUGUAUCAUAG